CUAAUUUGGGCAUGCUCUUUAUGUCAGCAAAGACAACGAAUUCUUGCAAAAACUGGCAAAUGGUUUCAACAAACAGCAAUGGCUGAUGAAGCAAAAGGAACUGCCAGCCCGGGAGAUAACAGUCCGACAUAUUCCGCAUCACGAACAUCAAUACAAUCAACGAGUCGUAAGGUCAGUACGGUAAGCCGAACUAAUGGACCAUAUCCUACAGCUGUCAGUCCGGGAUCAACCAUACAAACACCGCCAACAUCCGUUACUUCCGACACUAAACAAUCCAUUCCCGUACAAGAACGAUCAAAACCAAUACGAAAACCGUUAAAUUCAUCUAUCAAACGACAAACGACACUCUUACGACAAACAUCUCUUGAAACAGAACGUCGAAAUGGUACAGCCGGAUCUGCAACAGCUCAUAUGCAUGAUAAUUUGAAGCAAAAUAAUGAUGAAGAAUGUUCGGCGGAUAGAUCGAUGAGCGUUGAAAGUUUCGAGCAAGUUGCACCAUCAGACUAUAAAUUAUCACAACAAACGAAAUCAAUUCAAUAUGCCAACGAUCGAUCGAUGCAAAAUAAAUCAAAUGCUGAAUAUGAUUAUGCAAAGAAUAGGACUAAAAGUCCUGAAAAGCUGCGACAACAGUCUGACAGAUCAUUUUAUGAUCAAAAUCGAAGACGCGUAAGUAAUGGAACUGUGGACGAUAAGCAAUUACGUGAUACGUCUUUUCAAUCCAAUGAUAGGUAUCGAUCUCAAUCGGAUGUUAUAAAUCAUGAUGAACAUAUAAGACAUGGGGAGAAUAUAAGAGAACAAAAAGGUUUGGAAAGUGAUGUAUCACCUAAAAAGAACACAUGUUCGAGUGUUGUUGUUAGCGUAAGUUCAGGAAGUGGUGCCGAAUUACGUCGCUCACGUACUAUCCGUGAAAAUGAUUCUAAACGAAUCAUUACACCUGCUAUAGCAGAGCAAGAAGUUCAUCCGUCACCACCGACAACGAGCAGUGUAUUUUCAGCAGGAAAACGAAAAAUAAGACUUCCAAGACAACUUUAUUCGAUGUCUUCCUCGGAAGAUGAAUUGCCAUCAACAUCAAAUGGUAAUAAUGAAGAAGUGGUACCACGAAUUGAUGCAGAAAUCAGUUCCGAAAAAGAUAUUCUAAGGUAUAUUUAUGGUUCACAAAAAAUGCGAAGUGGACGUAAAUUUCCGUCUGAUUCAAAUCGUAAAUUUCAACGUAGUAACGAAGUGAUGAAUGUACCGAUGGUGCAAUCAACUAUUUUACCUGGUGAUAUGCUUGCAGCUAAAAUACGCACCUAUCUUUCUCAUCCUGUAACUUGGCAACCAUCAGCAGAUCAACAUCGCUUGAUCGGACACAUGAUUUUACACAAGGCAAGCGGUGCACAAGAUCUCGGCUUAAAGGUUGUUGGAGGUCGACGAUCAGAUACCGGUCGUUUAGGCGCAUUUAUCACACGAGUAAAACCGGGAUCUGUUGCUGAUACUGUUGGUCGUCUUCGAGAAGGUGAUGAAGUAUUAGAAUGGAAUGGUCGUCAGCUACAAAAUGCUACAUUUGAUCAGGUGUAUGAUACGAUAAAUUUAUCAAGAAAUGAUACACAAGUUGAACUGAUCGUUUCACGCUCAAUGAGUGCACCGGGUGGUGAUGAUUUCCUGGAUGUACAAAGGAUGCUACCGAAUCCGGCAUUUCUCCCAACCGGAGGAUCAAGAAUCGGUGAUUAUUAUCUAAGCAAUUCAUUAGAGCCAAGUGGUUUUUCGCAUUCGCAAUCCAGAACGGCUUCAACAUAUAUGCAACCUUUUAUUAAUGUACCUUCAAAUUAUCAUCCUGCAUUGAUACGUAAAGUAACUGGUUCACCGUUGUAUGAUACUGCUGGUUUAGGCCCAUCGAAAGUAAUUGUACCUGAUGAUUACUGUGGAAGGCAAUUUGGAAGAGGGCAGAUCUUCGGUCAGAUAGAGAUUUCCUUGUAUUAUGGUGCUACGGAAAGACAACUUGUAGUCACUGUAAGAUAUGCAAUAGAUUUACCGCCUCGAUCUGAUGGUGCCGCUCGUAAUCCGUACAUCAAAUUAUUUCUCCUGCCGGAUCGAAGUGAGAAAAGUCGUCGACAGUCUGCGGUACUUGUGGAAACAUGCAAUCCAAUUUGGAACGAACCAUUUUACUAUCACGGACUUACCAAACCAAUGUUGAUGGAACGUGUUCUCGAGGUGACAGUAUGGGAUUACGAUCAAUACGAGACAAAUUCGUUUAUGGGUGAAGUGCUGAUCGAUUUUGCGAUUGCCCAAUUAGACGAUGAACCAUUUUUGUAUACAUUGGUUGAUAUGGAUGAAGAUAAUCCACUUAGAGCGAAGUUGCAACAACGUCGUCUCAAUACUUAUCACGCAUCUAUACGUCCACCAAGUGAAAUGGGACAUUAUCCGAACAUUCAUCAACAACGAGCGUGUGAUUACACGACAGCUUAUGAAGCAUAUCCUCCUGGAUCACGACAGCAGCAUAUGAUACAUUCAAAUAAUGAAAUGCGCCGAUCACGGACGUAUGAUCGAAGUGGAGCACGAACUGAGGAAGACUGGACAGUAAUAUAUCCAUCAGGAUAUUUAUCCGAUCAUGGUUACAGUAAUCAUAUGCCUGUUCGUUAUUCACAUCGAGACCGAAGACCGCGAUCUGCUACAGCAAUGCGUCCAUUAGCAGAUAUGCGAACUUACAAUCGAAAUUUGCCACCAGCUCCAUGGACUGCAGAUGAAGACGAUGGUCAACAGAUAACAGUUCCACAUCCAGCACAGGCGCUAACAAGAUUCCCUCGAGAUCCGCGAUCACCCAAUGAAAGAUUAAGGUUAGAAGCAAUGCAUGAACAACAACCUGGAUAUGGAAGUGAUGGAUCAGAAACCAUAAGUAUACAUUCAGCACAAAGUAUGCCUGCAAGGCAGCCAACGCGACGUAUAGCUAAUGGUGAAAGUGAGCAGGUAAGUAUGAAUCAACAAAUGGAUGAUAACGUUGAAGAAUAUAUCGAAGAAGGAGCUAUAAGUGAUUCUGUGAUGGCUAAAGGAAGCGUCACGACAGCUACCAAAGAUCGAAAGAAAAGUUUAAUGACAAGACUUAUUCCGGGUAGAAAUGCUCCACUUGAAGGCAAAAGGACAGGAUUCCAACGAUCAGAAGAAGUAGGUGUACCGGAAGGUUUAACUGUACCCGGUGAUUAUCUUCAAGCUCCGUUCACGAAGCAAACUUCGAAGGAAUCAACAGAUUCAUCUCACAGUGAUAAUUGGGGACCUAUUUUGACCGAUGGUCCAUUGGGCAGUUUUGUUGACAGUUUAGGACCUGGCCAGGUUGUGGGUCGACAAGUUUUGGCAAGUCCAGUGCUUGGUGAAAUACAAAUAGGUAUAGCAGCAGGUAGAGUAGGCAUUGAUGUCGAAAUUAUCCGUGCUAAAAAUCUUGUAGUCAAACCAGGUGUAAAAGUUAAUCCAGCUCCAUACGUGAAAGUGUAUUUAUUGGAAGGUAAGCAAUGCAUAGCCAAAGCAAAAACACGUGCAGUAAGAAGAACCACUGCGCCAAUAUUUCAGCAACAUAUUGUUUUCUCUGAGACAUCACGAAAGAAAAUGCUUCAGAUAACAGUUAUGGCUGAUUACGGUCGAAUGGAACGAAAAUCAUUCAUGGGUAUUGCACAAAUCCGAUUGGAUGAUUUAGAAUUGAGUGCUGAACCGGUGGUUGGUUGGUACAAACUGUAUCACAGUUCCAGUCUAGCUGGUACUGGACCAGUUCGAAAAGAUAGUGAUACAAGUUUAACUGAAAUAAAACAAUGA